UUGACACUUGACUUCUUGAAAUGUAACUGUGUUUCAGGAUUAUUUGUUCAAAUUGGUGCUGUGAAUUAUUUAACUCAUCCAGCAUUUGCUGUUACGGGAUUAACAGUGUUCCUGUCUUGCCCUUGCACAGUAUUGCAAAGGAAUACAUUUACAUGGUUUUGGAGAUUAUACAAAUGGAAAUCCCCAGCAAAGCUCAAAACAGACUCACGGUACAAAUAUGAAUAUAGGCUUAUUCCACAAGUCUGUGUCUUAAUUAUGGGUCUAAAAAAGACAGAUGCUGGCACAUAUUACUAUGGCUUGAGUGACAGGGAGGAGGAUGAUGAUGAUGAUGAUGAUUAUAAAUGUGGAAUCACUUUAAAUGUCACAGAACGUGACACAGUGACUGAAGGUCAGAACAUUUCACUCACCUGUAACACCAGCCGCGCUCUAAAACUGACUGCCAACAGUCACACCUUCAUCUGGUACAAGAACAAGAGACGUUUGAAUCUUCAACACUCCAGUAAUAAACUGAAUCUGAUCGCUGUCAGCAGUGAGGAUACAGGCAGAUACUCCUGUGCACUCAAAGACCUCGAAACAUUCCCUUCUGAAGAGAAACUCAUCAUUGUCAAACACGGCUAUGUGUGGAAUAUGAGAACUGUAAUCAUAACGCUGUCAUCUCUACUGAUUCUGCUAUUUAUUUGUGGAACUCUGUGGAUGAAGUUAAUUGACCCUGUGAACUCAAACGUCGCAGCACUGGCCGAGACCUCUGACCUGGAGGAGAGAGAAAGUUCACAUCAGGAUGAAGUUCAGUACUCAUGUGUUCAUUUCAAGCGACACGGCAAAGUUAAAAACACUCCAGCGAUUUUUGCACAGGAAGCUGAGAGCCAUUAUGCUGCCAUUAAAGUUUGA